AUGAGCGCAACGAAAGGGAUAGUGAAAGAAGAGCAAACGGAUGAAACAGAAAGAAGCACCGUGGUAGUAAAUUUCACCGCAGUUCAUGAAGAGUGCCGGCAACCGUUAACGAAUACUAGUUGGGGAGAAUUGUCAUCAUGGUCAAAGUGGUCAACAUGUACAAGGACGUGCGAUGGCGGAAUCUCACGACAACAACGUCGAUGCAGACGUAAUAGACCGUGCAAGGGGAAGGUCUGGACUACCAGAUAUAAAAUCUGCAAUCUGGAGCCCUGCGAGAAAUCGAGCGACUUUCGCGCGGUACAAUGCGCCGCCUUCAACAAUGUGCCAUACAGCGGGCAACUGCUCAAAUGGUAUCCCCAUUACGACCCGACUAGGCCAUGCGCUUUGAUCUGCCGCGGUGAGCAGACCCUCGAGAAUAGCGUUACACGGUCGCGGCAGGAACUGCCAUCGGGCGAGAAGACGGUGCCGCGCGAUUCUACGGAUAGCCUGCUAUUCGACAGCGACGAGACGAUAGUGGUACAACUAGCGGAUAAGGUGGAGGACGGCACAAAAUGUUACAUGGAGGGCACGGACGUGUGCAUAAGUGGCGAGUGCUUGAAGGUUGGUUGCGACCUUCGAGUUGGUAGUAACAAGAACACAGAUGCGUGUGGCGUGUGCGGAGGGAAUGGAUCAAGCUGCCAAUCGCGGUACUCCUGGAGUUUGGAAUCGAUAUCCGCCUGUUCCAAGUCCUGCGGUGGAGGUUUCAAGAUAGGGAUGGCGGUGUGCAAAUCGGCCGACGAGAGCGUCGUGGAGGACAGCUAUUGCGAUGCAAACAGCAGACCUUCGGUGAAGUCCUUAAUGCCGUGCAACACGCACCCCUGCACAACAAAAUGGAUGAACGGGGAAUGGAGUGCGUGUAGUGCAAGCUGCGGCGGCGGUUCGCGAACAAGGUCCGUCUUCUGCACCGAGGAGAACGGGAACGAGACCACGAAGCUACCCGAUCACAAGUGUAGCAGCACGCACAAGCCGCGCACUCAGGAGACCUGCAAUACCGUGUCCUGUCCAAUGUGGGAGACCGAUAAAUGGAGCGAGUGCUCCGUGACCUGUGGCACCGGAAUACGGACGAGAACGAUCGAAUGCAGAGAUGGUGUUGGUGCCAUCUCCAGGGACUGCGACCUCGCGGAACGCCCUCAUACCGAGCAGGAAUGCAAGACGAACGUCGCAUGUCCCACAUAUGGAGACGGUAUGUCACAGCCGUUGGUGCAGCCGUAUCCCUUAUCUCCAAUGUCAGAGAAAUUGAUGGACCAACCAAUACCUUCCGAAUCAACCUCACGUUCGCCUAUCGUACUAUCUUAUACGCGAAUGUAUCAAUCUGGUGGAACUUGGGUCUUCAGGUUCAUCGCCGAGGAAUGGUCCCCCUGCAGUGUCACCUGCGGCGAGGGCGUCAGGCACAGGGAAGUACACUGUAAGAUAUUCCUCGAGUUCAGUCAAACCAUCGCUAAAUUACCGGACAGCCAGUGCUCCGGCCUGAAGCCCGUCGAAACCGAAAAGUGUACGAUGGAGCCGUGCGGCUUGCUGGAGAACAGCUUGUCCUACAGAAUCGACACUGUUGGCGAUAGCGGAUACGCCGAGUCGAGCCUAACGGAUUCGUACAGUAGAUCAUCGCCCGGUAGUUCCGGCGGAAGCGGAUACGACAGCGGUAUCAAGGUCGCCCCGGGUAGCGACGUGCAAACUACGUACUCGUGGAAGGAAACUGGCUACACCCCCUGCAGCGCGACAUGCUUAGGAGGUGUUCAAGAUCUUAUUAUAAAUUGUGUACGGGACGACACCGGGAAAACAGUGAUGCCGCUUUUAUGCUCCGCGGAAACAAAGCCAGAGGCGAGGAUACGAGUCUGUAACGAUCAUCCAUGUCCUCCGAGGUGGAAUUAUAGCGAAUUCUCCACUUGCAUGAGCCCUUGCGGUAUUGGUAUACAGACACGUGACGUUACCUGUAUCCAUGAGGUGACACACGGCACCAACAAAGCAGUGCCUGUUCCAAAUUACAUGUGUCCGCAACCACCGCCCGCCGACAGACGAUACUGCAAUGUACUGGAUUGUCCUGUCAAAUGGAGCACGGGGGAAUGGGGGAAGUGUUCGAGAACGUGUGGCGGCGGUGUGAAGAAGCGAGACGUAGUUUGCGAGCAGAUAAUGGCGCAAGGUCGUAAGCAGAGUCGUGAGGAACGCGAAUGCCCAGCUCAAAGGCCGGCCAGCGAGAAACCCUGUAACACCAGAGCCUGCCAUGACUCAGACUUAAGCUCUAACAUGCCACCAACCAUCACGAGUCUGAACACAACGUAUAAUCAAACAGAUAUCAAUGCGAAGGUGGAUUUGAAGAUUGGCGGAAUCGCCAAGAUUUUUCAGGGGACACCUUCUAUCAAAAUUCGCUGUCCGGUUCGAAAGUUUGACAAAGCUCAGAUCGUAUGGACGAAAGAUAACAAGGAAAUACGAAAAUCCAGAAAAUACAAGAUCAGCAGGAAGGGAGCUUUGAAGAUAAUCGAUAUAGUUGCCUCGGACUCGGGAGUCUACGGUUGCAUUGCGGGAAAUUCGCACGCAGAGACGCAGUUGAUAGUGAAAUUUCGUUCCAAAGAGCAGAUAAGCAGCGAGGAAUAUUUACGACUUGGCAAUUCCGUUCACCUACAACGAAAUGCAAACCUUGACUCUGCACCAGCGAAUUCUGGCGAAAGUCCGUACACUGAUCAUGCAGCAGCCUACGGAAACCGUUUUGAUAGCGAGGACCUUAGCCAUGAACGUGCGUUUCCUAGCAAACCAACGAGAAAACCACAUCAAAAGAAGCAGAAGACCAGUCCCACUCCGUCAGAUGCCACGAUGAUGCAUAAAGAACACACUGUUACCUCUCUCAACCAGCCGGGAUAUCAUGAGUCCGUGGAAUCACCUGCUCCAUCAAGUGCUUCCACUCUUGUGCCGCACUUGAAUUACUUGAUAUCGAGCUUGAAGGCCUAUUGGCCGUUUCACAGCGAAAUAGCUAUGAGUAAUAAUCGCAGAACCGCUUCCACGCCAUUUGUCGAGGACGAACAUAAAAGGAUGGCGACAACCAAGCGUAAAAUGUCUAACAAAGAAGCCGACUUCACGUAUCAAAAUGUAGAGGAUAACUUUGACAAUCUAUAUCGUAACACAGCCAUCCCGGACGAGACCUUCGGCCCAGACGAGGAGCGGAUAUUUAUCGACGUCGAUCCGUACGAUUUGGACGAAUCUGUAUUCGGGCUGCAGCACGGCGACGGCAUCAAGUCGGAUAUAAUGGAAGAAGUUGAUACCAAGCUUACUACGAAGCCCGAUAUCGAUUAUAUGGAAGAAUCGUUAAAAAAUGUGAAACGACAGUGGCAAGAACCGAAGACCGGGUACAAAGAUCGCUGGAGCACCACGCCCAAAAGUCACAUCCUCCAAAGCAAAGGCACAACGGAAUCUAUCGCAUCUUCACAAAAUGGCAAGAUGAGCGUACAUUACAUUGAAGACUCGAGCACAAAAAAGGAAAUGCUCAAGGAGGCAGACAGUUUCACCGACGAUAGUGAUAAGUCCAUCAAUCACGACGUUUAUGGGAACUUGAGAACUGAAGAUUCAUCGACCGUCACCUCCACAAUGAUGUCUAGAAGUCCUGAAGAUCGAUUAAGGAUACAGGAGCCGGAUCAUCGUAGUUUAAACCACACGAACAGGACAAUAGAGUACAGCGAGGCGUUCGAGGAGGAGCUGGAUAAGCGGAAAAUCGUGCCGUAUGUAGAAAAUCACACGGCGGAUUAUACAAUCGCGCGAUUUCCGACUACUAGAGACUUGGAAAGUAGAACGAGAGAUGACUCGACAUUGAUAGAUGAUCUGAGGUCGAGCGUUGUUGGGGAGAAUCCUGAUGAGAACGUAAGAAACUUAUCUCGCAAUCGAGAGGAUCACGCUGGCUCCAUAGAAAAGGCCUUCUCAGUGGAUCUAAAAGAAGCGUUUAGAGAAGGUAAUGAAAAUAAGCCCGUGAACAUUUUGACGUCCACUAUAACGGAAGAGGAUGCUACAACAAAAGAUACCGCUGCAGAAUCUCUCGCUGUAUUAGUUGCGGAUAAUGUUCUGGUGUUCGAGUGGGUUACGACCGAUUGGUCGAAGUGUUCUCAAACUUGUGGAGGAAGUGGAUUCCAGAUGCGAGGUGCACAGUGUACAGUUCGAUCGACAAAAACGGAUGGCAACUUCACACACGUCUCACCAAGAACGGUAAUCGGUCAGACUUUGUGCGAGGACGCCGGAUAUCCGGUACCGGAGAAGGUGAGACCCUGCGGAAUGGGCAAAUGUCCUCAAUGGCAUACCACGGAAUGGACUCCAUGCGAAACGUCCAGAUGUUUCAACUGGAAGACAGCGAUGCAGAAACGGGACAUUAGCUGUCGUUUGGUGCACGACGCAAAGGAUGGUCACGAGAAUGUCACGUUGUUGGACCCGAGUAAGUGUGACGAGGCUACAAGGCCGCUACAAAGACAAGAAUGCUAUAACGAUGCCUGCAAGGGUGUCUGGAGGGUCGGCGAAUGGACUGAGUGCACCGCGUCUUGUGAGGAAGAUGGUAUCAAAUAUAGGAUUUUACAAUGUGUCUGGUUCGGUACAAAGAAGCCAGCGGGAAAUGCUUGUAGAGAUAUACCACGACCUCCUGUAAUGAAAACAUGCAGGGGUCCGCCUUGUCCUCAGUCUACCGCAUUUGUAGAAGAUUGCAAGGACCACUCGCAGUUGUGCAGCAGAGUGAAAACGAUGAACAUAUGUAAGGUGCCGCUGUACAAGAAACAGUGCUGCGCAUCGUGUCGCUAGAUUCGAGAUAUUGAUAAAUGACUCAUUGUGAGGAUUAGACAAAAUGAACGAUAAUUAAGAGUGCGCGUAAGACAGAGAGUGUAAAUCGUGAUUAGUCGGACAAUUACUUCGUGACAUAUAUAAAUGCACCCGGGAUGCCUGUUGUUAGUAAAUUAUAUAACGCACGCGGAAGGAGCGACUCGCUGUGGAAUAAAAUUGCACAGUAUUACGAUGUCCAACUUAUAGAUUAAAAAACAAGUAUCCAAGAAAGUUGACCAAAACUACUUCGCUGUAAUAGUUUCCUCAUCGUGUCGUCGCGAGAGCCAGUUUACCUCCUCGCCUCGAGUGUUCCUUGUGUAAACAGAGAGAAACCCGCCAAUCUUAGCAAUUUCUAAAUUAAUUAAAUCAUAAUUUUCUAACGUAUGUGUCACGUGUAGUUUGGCGCGAUAUAUUCCUGUAAAUUGCUCGUCAAACCUCAUGUUGCUCUCCUAGUUAAAAAAAAAAAAAAAGAAGGAAAAUGGAAAUCCGACAUUCGUCCACAAAAAGUUAAGAGCGUUAUAUUGUUAUAACAUGGUAAUGAGAGAAAAAGCAGUAGAAAUUUAUUACCUAGUAAACGAGAAUGGAUUAAAAUUUGAUCUAUCUAAA